AUGGACGAGAGGCAGUUGCAGAAGAAAUGCAUUGUUCACCGCAAGUACGUGUGCACCCAGAAACUGAGAUCAGCAGGGGCUGGGGAUGAACGAAAAGUACGAUAGUA